AGCGUUAAGCUGGAGCAGUCUCAGGGCCGGCCGCCAUUUUGUCCAGUCUCUGGGAAGGAAGGAGACGCUUAAACCGCGGCACUGCCGGGUUUACGCGUAGCCAAACCUACCCAGUGUUUUUAUAUCCCCGAUUCUCUGUGUUUUGCUACCGUCUCCGACGAGAGAGGCGGCGACGGUGGCGUCUGCGACGGGAGACAGCGCGUCGGAGCGAGAGAGCGCCGCGCCUGCCGCCGCCCCAACAGCGGAGGCGCCGCCGCCAUCGGUCGUCACCAGACCGGAGCCGCAGGCCCUCCCGAGCCCGGCCAUCCGUGCUCCGCUCCCAGAUCUCUAUCCGUUUGGGACCAUGCGCGGAGGCGGCUUUGGGGACCGGGACCGGGAUCGUGACCGUGGAGGAUUUGGAGCAAGAGGUGGUGGUGGCCUUCCCCCAAAGAAAUUUGGUAAUCCUGGGGAGCGUUUACGCAAAAAGAAGUGGGAUUUGAGUGAGCUCCCCAAGUUUGAGAAGAACUUUUAUGUGGAACAUCCAGAGGUGGCAAGGCUGACCCCAUAUGAGGUUGAUGAACUACGCCGAAAGAAAGAGAUUACAGUGAGAGGAGGGGAUGUUUGUCCUAAACCUGUGUUUGCUUUCCAUCAUGCUAACUUCCCACAAUAUGUAAUGGAUGUAUUGAUGGAUCAGCACUUUACAGAACCAACUCCAAUUCAGUGCCAGGGAUUUCCUUUGGCUCUUAGUGGCCGGGAUAUGGUGGGCAUUGCUCAGACUGGCUCUGGGAAGACAUUGGCGUAUUUGUUGCCUGCAAUUGUUCAUAUUAACCACCAGCCAUACUUGGAAAGGGGAGAUGGCCCAAUAUGUCUAGUUCUGGCUCCUACCAGAGAGCUUGCCCAGCAAGUACAGCAGGUGGCUGAUGACUAUGGCAAAUGUUCUAGAUUGAAGAGUACUUGCAUUUAUGGAGGUGCUCCUAAAGGUCCCCAGAUUCGAGACUUGGAGAGAGGUGUUGAAAUCUGUAUAGCUACUCCUGGACGCCUGAUAGACUUCCUAGAAUCUGGAAAGACAAAUCUGCGCCGAUGUACUUACCUUGUGCUGGAUGAGGCUGACAGAAUGCUUGAUAUGGGCUUUGAACCCCAGAUCCGUAAAAUUGUUGACCAAAUCAGGCCUGAUAGACAGACCUUGAUGUGGAGUGCAACCUGGCCAAAAGAAGUAAGGCAGCUAGCAGAGGAUUUCCUUCGUGAUUACACCCAGAUCAACGUAGGCAAUCUGGAGUUGAGUGCCAACCACAACAUCCUCCAGAUUGUGGAUGUCUGCAUGGAAAGUGAAAAAGACCACAAGUUGAUCCAACUGAUGGAGGAAAUAAUGGCUGAAAAGGAAAAUAAGACAAUAAUAUUUGUAGAGACAAAAAGACGCUGUGAUGACCUCACUCGAAGGAUGCGCAGAGAUGGUUGGCCAGCUAUGUGUAUCCAUGGAGACAAGAGUCAACCAGAAAGAGAUUGGGUACUUAAUGAGUUCCGUUCUGGAAAGGCUCCCAUCCUCAUUGCCACAGAUGUAGCCUCCCGAGGGCUAGAUGUGGAAGAUGUCAAGUUUGUGAUCAACUAUGACUAUCCAAACAGCUCAGAGGAUUAUGUGCACCGUAUUGGCCGAACAGCCCGUAGCACCAACAAGGGCACUGCCUACACCUUCUUCACACCAGGGAACCUAAAGCAGGCCAGAGAGUUGAUCAAAGUGCUAGAAGAGGCUAAUCAGGCUAUCAACCCAAAACUGAUGCAGCUGGUGGACCACAGAGGAGGCGGCGGAGGAGGGGGUAAGGGAGGUCGUUCUCGUUACCGGACCACUUCUUCAGCCAACAACCCCAAUCUAAUGUAUCAGGAUGAGUGUGAUCGGAGGCUUCGAGGAGUUAAGGAUGGUGGCCGGAGAGACUCUGCAAGCUAUCGGGAUCGUGGUGAAACCGAUCGAGCCAGUUAUGCUAACGGCAGUGGCUAUGGAAGUCCAAAUUCUGCCUUUGGAGCACAAGCAGGCCAAUACACCUAUGGUCAAGGCACCUAUGGGGCAGCUGCUUAUGGCACCAGUGGCUAUACAGCCCAAGAAUAUGGCGCUGGCACUUAUGGGGCUAGUAGCACCACCUCAACUGGGAGAAGUUCACAGAGCUCUAGCCAGCAGUUUAGUGGGAUAGGCCGAUCUGGGCAGCAGCCACAGCCACUGAUGUCACAACAGUUUGCACAGCCUCCGGGAGCUACCAAUAUGAUAGGCUAUAUGGGGCAGACUGCCUACCAGUACCCACCCCCUCCGCCUCCCCCUCCCCCUUCUCGUAAAUGAAACCACUCAAGUGGUAGUGACUUGUGCAGACUUAACUACAUUUAAAGGAACGCUGUCUUUCCAUUUUUUUUCUUCCCCAUUUCUUUCUUUUCCUUUUUUACUUUUGUCCCCAACCAUUGUGAUUUGUCUUUUAUGCAGAUUAGUUAGAAUUCACUGCCAGGUUUCUUCUGCCCGCCAAAAUGAUCCAGUCUGUAAUAACAAGAUUUUGUAAAAAUAUAUAUAUAGCCGACUGGAAGAAUUUUUUCCCCAACUUGUUGCAUGUUGAGGAUAUUUGAGCUAUUUUUCAUCUUCAAAGAAAAAGUAAGGUAUUAGGCCCUUUGGUGGGAGCCCAAUUUUUGUCCUGAGUUGGGGGGUGGGGGAAGGGUAGAGGGGUUGAAUUCUGCAGAGAUGGCAUCUGUGCUUAUAAAUCUCUCAUUACUGGGUUAGGAAGCCAAGAAGGGAGUUCCCAACACAUUUUCCAUAGUGCUUCUUCAGUGUUUCUCAGGCUGGAACGGGUUUCUCGGGCCUGAUGAGUUCUUAAGACAGUGCUUCGCCAUUGUUUUUUUGGCUGAGUACUUAAGUGAGUUUGACAGUUAAUCCCAAUUGGUUUUGUCUCCCUUAAGCUCUGCCUUCCUCCUUCCCAGUUACUGAAAAAUAACCAUUUUAGUGUCAGGUUAGGAAUUGCUGAGUCUGAGUUUAUUUAGUGUAUCUUUCAAAUUAAAAACUCCACGUGUUUAUUGCAAUGGUUAAAUGUAGCAUCUCAGCAUCUGGGUGGAAGCUGCCCAUUUUUCUUCCCCAAAUAACCAGGGACCAUCUGUGAAAUUAAUUUUGCAACCAGACAGCUGCUGUGAACAGAGUGAACGUAAAUGCUCUCUGGAAAUUUACUUUAUUAUCAGUGAAGUAUACAUUCACCUGCAGUGUAAAAACUAAAAACCACCUUUAAUUAUAAACAAUAUACUCAAUGGGUAAAUUUUCUUUUUAAACUCAGUAUCUGUAGAGCUAGAAUUAAAAUGUUUGCCACUAAGCCCUUUUGGCCAAAUUAUCUUGAAUAAAGAAUAUUAAGGGUUCAUUAAGAACUCAUCCUCUUGAUACUCUGUUCUCUGCAGUGCUUUGUAACAGCUUUUGGGUGCCGAGUUUCCUCGGAUCCUUUUGCACUCAGCUUUUUAAAGGUAGGUAGCGCUUAAGAAAGUUAUUGGAGGACUAAAGCCUAAGUCCUUGUACCUUUCCUCCAUCUGAAGGUAGGUGUUAAGUGAUACUAUUUUCCUGAGAUUGCCUAUAACAUGUAGGCCUGGAAAAGAAUUUUCUGCCCUUUUAUUCACCGUAACAGGACAGGGAGAUUAGACCACCCAGCAAAAACCUCUUCCAUAUCCAGUAUGGAACUGUUACUUUUUCUGUGCUGUUAUUGUUACUGUUGAUUUGCAAUGUAAUCAACAGGGGAAGACUCCAUUGUGUUCUUUGGCUGAGGCCCAAGAGUGCUUGCUGGUUUAUAAGAUCUAAAUACUUGAGAUUUUUUUCCUUAUAAAAUUGUUCAGGGGGAGAAAAGGGGUUGUUUCUGAGGGGUUCUGAAAGUAUGGUUGAGUGUGCAGCUUACAGGUAGGUUAUCAGCAUAAGUGGAACUGUAUAUGCAUAUAAGAACUUUGACAUGUUUUUUUCCCCCCACUUUCUCCUUCCUUAACUUUCUUUUUCCACUUCUUAACAGAGGUUGAGGCUGAGGGAGGAUGGGUAGGCACAGGAAAAACAUGGCAAAACUGUGCUUUCAAACCAAAGUGUCCCACUGCCCACCCUACCCCACCCCCCACCCCUCAAAAAUGUGUGUAAGUACUAAGCAGUCCAUUGUAGAUACUUCUUUCUACACAAGAAAUCUAUAGGUGUUUUUUUGUUUUUUUUUUUAAACAGGUGCCACCACAGGGUGUGUCCUACUCUCCUGCAGGUUUUAAAAGCAUCCUUUGCAGGAAAGGUCUCUGCGUAAGCAAGUGGUAUUUGGCCUGUUGCUUGCUUCCCUUUUCCACCAGGGAUGUUGUGAUCAUGAAGUCAAAAUAAUAGUGUAUUAUUCCAAAUCUCAAAAGCUGUUGUGGCCUGAGCACAGCUGAAAUCUAGCGAAGGUUUUCCAGGAUAGCUCUAGAGUAACUGCUGCCUCUGUGUUUGUCACUCAUAAUUCAGGUUCUGCCUUUGCAUGGGCAGAAGAGUCCUCAUCUGAUGCUAGUUACUGCUGUCAUGGUUGGAACUCAUUUAGGGGAAGGAUUUCAGCAUAAGCAAUGGGGCUGCUUCUCCCCAGUCCCUCCUUAAUAAUUCACUGUGUGGACUUCUCUCAUCUAAAAGGUUGGUGGCUUUUGCUUGGGAUCAGUGCUUUCUUCCUCAUGUUCUUGCUGGUCUCUGAACACAUUCCUGUUGCAUUAAGACUUGAAAGAUCUGUGUGAUGUUCAGGCACAGGACGCUAAGAGCUAUGUUACUAUUCUUAGUUUGUAAAUUGUCCUUUUGAUACCAUCUUGUUUUCUUUUGUAGGUAUAAAUAAAACACUGUUGACAAUAA